UAUUUUGAAAACCGGCACCGGAAGAGCUGCUCUCGCCCUGGCUAACGGAACACGGGUCCGUGCUGAUGGCAGGCGGCUAGCUGUCAACAACAUAGCCGUCGCUGGAACCAAAGUCUGCGUGGCCCUUUGCACUCUGCCGCAUAUCAGGUUCCUCUGGUGCAGCCGAACAAGGCUGCAGUGUUAUGGAUGAACCAUGAAGGCCCAAUUGCAAGUCACAGUGCUUUCGGCUCGGCUGAAGGAAAACAAAAAGAACUGGUUCGGUCCCAGUCCGUAUGUCGAGGUGGCUGUGGACGGCCAGUCAAAGAGGACCGAGAAGUGCAACAACACACACAGUCCCAAAUGGAAGCAGGCUGUCACUGUAAUUGUGACUCCGGUCAGCAAGUUGAUCUUUCGUGUUUGGAGCCACCAGACGCUGAAGGCCGACAUCCUGUUGGGAAUGGCCACACUUGAGCUCCUUGAAACUCUCAGGACUAAUAACCUGAAAUUGUGUGAGGUGGUGCAGACACUGCAGCUGUGCUCUGACAGAGAUGCCCAGGACGUCGUAGGUGACCUGUCGGUCUGUCUGGAUGGCAUGCAUGUGGAUACUGACACCUUCGCCAAAGCAGAGGGGGAACAUGCUGCUGUUCCCAAUGGAAACGGGAGACAAAAUGGAGACACUGGAAACAGGUCAAGCAGAGACACGUCUCCCUCCAGUGACUCAGACGAGUGGGUCAUUGUACCUAACGGUCAUGCUGUCAACGGAACGGCUUCUCCUCCCAGGUCCCCGGGGGGCUCCACUGCCGCACGUCCGCCCAGACCGACCCGACCUCCUCCACCAACGCCCCGCAGACCUGCGGCCUCACCAACUUCUUCAAGCAGCUCUUCCCCUAGUGAGCUGAGUGAAGGCCCAGUGUCCGACGGCUCGUCUCAGGUGUCUGCUAAUGGAUGUUCAGAUCAGCCGGAUGACUCUGGGGCAGCGGCCACAAGUUCCUCGCAGCCCGCAUGUCCCUCACAGACCGCCUGUUCGUCACAGACAGCCUGUGCUCCCAAACCAGCAGCCUCUGGUGCUGAGCAACCUCCGGCCGCAGCAGCUCCAAGAAUCGCACCCAUGAACAACGGGCCCAUGCCACCGGGGUGGGAGCAACGGGUGGACCAAAAUGGUAGAGUGUACUACGUGGAUCACAUUGAGAAAAGGACAACCUGGGAGAGACCGGACCCUCUGCCAUCAGGGUGGGAGCGCAGGGUGGACCCGAUGGGUAGGGUGUACUACGUCGACCACAUGACCCGAACGACCACGUGGCAACGCCCCACGCAGGAGUCGGUGCGCAACUAUGAGGAGUGGCAGCACCAGCGCAGCCAGCUGCAAGGAGCCAUGCAGCAGUUUAACCAGAGGUUCAUUUAUGGGCUCCAAGACCAGUUUGCGUCCACUGCCAAUAAGGAGUUUGAUCCACUGGGACCUCUGCCGCAUGGUUGGGAAAAGAGAACCGACACCAAUGGCAGAGUUUAUUUUGUUCAUCAUCCAACUCGGACGACACAGUGGGAGGACCCCAGGAGGCAAGGGCUGCUGAAUGAUAAGCCCCUGCCAGAUGGCUGGGAGAUGAGGUUCACUGUAGAUGGCAUUCCGUACUUUGUAGACCACAACAGGCGAACCACAACGUAUAUUGACCCUCGCACGGGGAAAUCUUCGCUUGAGAAUGGGCCACAGAUAACCUACGUCAGGGACUUCAAAGCCAAAGUGCAAUACUUCAGGUUCUGGUGUCAGCAAAUGUCAAUGGCUCAGCACAUCAAGAUUACCGUCAGCCGGAAAACCUUGUUUGAAGAUUCCUUCCAACAGAUCAUGAGCUUCCACCCUCAAGAUCUGAGGCGGAGACUGUGGAUCAUUUUCCCUGGAGAGGAGGGAUUGGACUAUGGUGGUGUGGCAAGGGAAUGGUUUUUCCUGUUGUCUCACGAGGUUCUGAACCCCAUGUACUGUUUGUUCGAAUAUGCUGGCAAGGACAACUACUGUCUGCAGAUCAACCCUGCGUCUUACAUCAACCCGGACCACCUCAAGUACUUCAAGUUCAUAGGACGCUUCAUUGCCAUGGCCUUGUUCCAUGGUAAAUUCAUCGACACAGGUUUCUCCCUGCCGUUCUACAAGCGCAUCCUGAACAAACCUCUGGCACUCAAAGAUCUGGAGUCCAUCGAUCCAGAGUUUUAUAACUCACUCAUAUGGAUCAAGGAUAAUAACAUCGAGGAGUGUAGCCUGGAGAUGUUCUUCUCAGUCGACAAGGAGAUCCUGGGCGAGGUCACCACCCACGAGCUGAAACCAGACGGAGGGAACGUCCAAGUAACCGAGGAAAACAAGGAGGAAUACAUCAGGUUGGUGGCAGAGUGGAGGUUGUCCAGAGGGGUGGAGGAGCAGACUCAGGCGUUCUUCGAAGGGUUCAACGAAGUUCUACCCCAGCAAUACCUACAGUACUUCGAUGCUAAGGAGUUAGAGGUGAUGCUGUGUGGUAUGCAGGAGAUUGACCUGGUGGACUGGCAAAGAAACACAAUCUACAGGCACUACGCCCGAAGCAGCAAGCAGAUUCUCUGGUUUUGGCAGUUUGUGAAGGAGAUGGACAACGAGAAGAGGAUGAGACUGCUGCAGUUUGUCACAGGGACCUGCCGCCUUCCUGUGGGCGGCUUCACUGACCUGAUGGGAAGCAACGGGCCCCAAAAGUUCUGCAUUGAGAAAGUGGGCAAAGACAACUGGCUUCCACGAAGCCACACAUGCUUUAAUCGUCUGGACCUGCCUCCAUACAAGAGCUACGAGCAGCUGAAGGAGAAGCUCAUGUUUGCCAUAGAGGAGACGGAAGGCUUCGGGCAGGAGUGAUGCAAUAAGAGCAGGAGCUGCGGGAUGGGAUGGAGGAGCCUUGACCAUUUCAGACAAGAGCACUUUCCAACUGACUCUAUUUGCAGCCAGAAGCUGCUUAUAACUGGUAGAUGGACUACACUUUUUUUUCACACUAUCAUAUGCAGCCACAACUGUUUCUAAGCUAGUUCAGCAGAUUUAUUUAAUCAUUUGCUUCACACAAGGCCCCUGUGAAUCGUCCUCACCCAGUUUCACUUCUCACGCACGCGAUCCGUUUCGGUCUAAUCCAGCACAUUGCACCUCUCCCAGCUCCGCCCACCGUCAGGCGACGGAGGAGACGCCUCUCUCUCGCUCUGUCAUGUCUGCACUCGCCGUCGUCACACAUUGCGCAAGUGCAGUUUCUACUUGUGCAUCUGUGAACCUUUGCAGCGGUGAAUUCAUAAGCGACACCUUUCGGGUCUAUGCAGAAUUAAUCGUUUCGGAGCAAUGAACCAUUUGUGUGCGUUUUGACUUAAAAAAUAAAAGGGUUCAAAUCUCAAAGCAACGUUAAAGGCACAUAAAUGGUUAUGGGUCUGUCAGACUCAACUUUUCUUUUUUUUUAAAGGACGGACGGAUGGAUGAUAUAUUUUCUUUUUUCUCAACAACUGACUGGACUGACUCAUAGCACACGCAGUUUAUUUUAUUAACUUUGAUAAAUCUGAUCAUGCUACUUGUAAUAAUAAUAAUUUCUCUUAUUUUGACAGGUUGAUUUCUCCUUCCAGUUACUGAUUCCGAUACCAGUCCUCAAAAACACAAAACAACUACUUAUAUGACGAAUUUAACAGCUUUAAAUUGCUGACAUUUUCGCUAGCUCUGUCUAAGACUUCACUGCCGGAAAUCACAUCUUCUUCGCCUCUCUAAAAACAGAACCUGCUAGUGGCAUUACAGUGCAAGUGCACUGAGUAAGCCAGAAUGAAGUGUUUUCUGGGAAAAGAAAAUUAGCAUUUUAAUCUUGGUGAAACUACUUUAAAAGACGAUAGCCGAUACGCCAAUUUUCGGAUGCUGGUAUUGGAAUCAUAACAUCUCUAUUGAUUUUUCUACUUAAUAACGACAUCAAACUUUGAACAUAGUUAAAGAGUAAGACCGUUGUGAUUGUUCUUAAGAGAGGUUGUAUUUUUUAUGUGCAAUAGUUUUGUAGAAAACAUUUUUUGCCAGUAACAGAGCCAAAAGUGAUUUGUUAGAUUUUUUUUUUUUCAUAGCUCUAUUGCUCUAAAUUCCCAACAUGAAAUAUGGUGAAACUACUUUUGGUUGUGAUUUGCUCUGACAAGCGUUGCCUUCCCUAAAUGAUCUCUGCUGUAUAUUACAUCAGCCUAUUUGACCACGAGAGACCUUUAUGAGUGCCGUGAUAAUUAUGAGCUGUUACUGAUGACGUGGGAGCGUUGGGAUGAAAACAAUGAUUUGUUAAAUAUUGACCUAUACCCACUGACUGGUAGCCAAUUCUUAGGUAGUUAUCCAUAAUUUAGUAUUAUCAUAGAUCACUAAUGAAGAUACCUAACUGUUAUAUGUGUGAAGUGACUAAAGCAGUUAAUGUAAAUAUACUUAAUAAUUAGAAAAUUAAUAUCUUAUAACAUAUAAAUCACCUGCAAACAGUCCCCCCCUUGAGUUACAGGCUUAAGCUGAUCAUUAAGAUCUGGAUUAAUUUAAUAAAAGUGAUUGACCCUAGUUUUAUAGGGUUUGAGGUAUUAAGAUUUAGAUACAGAAAUAGUGCAUUUCAUGUCUUUUCCAAAUAUAGUUCCACUAAUGUCAAACUUAAAGUUUCUUUUUAGUUUCAGGUAGAGUAUGAUUUUAAGAAAAUGACUAUGGAACCAAAUUUACCAAAGGGUUUGAUUAAUCUUUUUUUUCUUUUUUUAAACCAUUUGACAAUAAACCCCCAAAUGAUAACACAUUUUACAUAAGUUGUCAUUAUUGACCUGCUCGUAAUGUAAACAAAGCAUUAGCUUAUCAACAGAAUAUCAGUAAUAUUUCAUGUUUUGUCCUUUUAAGGCAGUUUUAAGGAAUCAGGUCUUACUCUUUCUUAGAAAAUGUUUUACCUUCAUCACUGUGGAUUUGACGGAUUUGUAUUCAUGCACAGUAUUCAUAGGUCUUGUUGCUUAACAUGUGCAGAGCCGAAUAAAUUUAUUGUAAUGUGAUAUUUUUUUAAUGACUCAGAAGCCUCGAGCUCUGUAGUGUCUGUAUAGGUGGUGUGGUGCAUCCUUACAGGAUAUUUUUUGACGUGUAUCCUAUUCUUUUUCUGAAAAUUCGUCAUUAAUUUUAAAUUAAUGAAUUUCAGCAAGUUCCCUCGAGCUCCCUGCAAAAUAUAAAAGGAAAGAAUUUAAAAAAAAAAACAUUUCAUAAGGCUGACACAGGAAAAAAAAAAAUGCUGGUUUGUUGUCAAUGACUUUAAGCUCCACCCCACUGAACCGAUAGGUGUAUUGACCCUCAGGACCAGUUGCAGUUUCAGAUUUUCCACAUUAUUCGACACGUAUUCUCUCACUGGCAGUGAUUCAAUACACGCCCCAAAAAAUGGCGUUCAGGCCUGUGAAGAGAUUAUUAUUAUUAUUAUUAUUGUAAAGAAAAAGAAACCUCGAAAAGGUUUUUGUGGUUAAAAUGUUGAUUGUUAUAUAUAUUAACAGUCUACAACUAAUGAUGUAGCACCAGACUGGCUGAAUUAACCACUUCACUGUUUAAUCACUGCUGUGUUCCGGAUCAUUUGGCAGUUAAAUGUAUAGAAAUAUGCAAAAUAGUGUUUUAGUUGUACUGAUUGCAUUGUAAAUCCUGUUGAUAGUGUUUUUUUGAAGAUCUUACUUUUUUUUCUUUUCCUUUUUUGAUAAGUGCAAGUCAGUGGUGGAAUACUAUUUAUUUGGAGAAAGGGUUUCAUGUGACAAUGAACUGGAUUAGUCGAGGGGGAAAAAAACGGGAAUAAAAAUGAUUUUAACACUG